AUGAAAAAGACAGAUUGGCUUAUGCACGACUAUAAACUCAAGAGGAACAGUACUCCGAGGCCUAAUAACAUGAAGUUAGAUGACUGGGUUCUGGUCAAGAUAUACAAGAAAAGAGGCACUGCCAAUAAGGAGAAGAAAAAUCAAAAUGCUAUUGAUGAUUGUGGCCCAUCUAGGAGUCCUAGCGAUGCAGAGCCUCAUGGCAGUCGAGCCCAUUUACCUCCAUCUCCACCUCCACCUCGAUCAGCCCAUCCAGGAGAAACCAACUUCUCCAAUGACAAAGGCCAGCUUCCACCUUUCCCAGAAAACCGCUAUUGCACUGUCGCGGGCCUCUACUACAAUCCAAACCAGGCACCGUUUGAUCCACAAUAUAAUCAAAUGUAUCAGCCUUCAGGUCCACCACAGGAGAUGGCAUUUGGGCUGACUGAAGCAUCUAAUGUUGAGCAGAUCAACUUCAAUCCGGUUUUGGAAAAUGGCUUGCAGCUGCAGCAGAUUGGUGGAUACAAUGAUGCCCAGACUGGUGAAUGUUCUCCGAGCCGAACGGUUCUUGAAGGUUGGCAGUCAGAUUACAUGGGCUUGAAGAAUGGUUGUCCAUUUAUAACUGACAAUGUGGACUAG